CCCUGAACUCAAAGCUGAAUCAUUCCUUGAGUUCUCCUCAAAAUAUCAACUCGUUUAGACCCCCGGUUCGGGUAUAACAUUUGGUAUCAAAGCUUGUUGUUCCACAUCCCUCAAGGGGCCAAAACACCAUCUCCUACAUUCUCUCUUUUGAAACAUUUCUCACAUCAUCCAAGAUAUGUCUCAAUAUGAUGUAGUUGCUGCCCAAGAAAAGUUAAAGAAGGAAGUUGAGCUUAUGAUGAAACAAGUCAAGGAGUUCACUAAUUCAGUGGAGAUUCCCACGUUUGAAGGAAGAAAUGACCCGGAGAAGUUCUCAAAGUGGUUAGCAAAAGUUGAAGACGUCUUUACACUCAAAGACGUACCCGAAGACAAGAAGGUCAAGCUAGUGGUGGCAAAGUUUCAAAGACAUGCCUCUACUUGGUGGGCUAGCGUUGCUUCAAAACGAAAGCUCCAAGGCAAGGCUAAGGUGAGAACUUGGGAAAAGUUCAGAAAACUCUUAGUUAAGAGAUUUUGUUCCAAUGAUCAUAUACACCAGGUACCUAAAACUACUCUCCCUUUUUCACCUAAAACUCUUUCUCAAGUCAUACCACCUUCUCCACAACGAAAGCCACCCCAUACCACCCUCUCUCCCCCAACCUUAAUCACCUCUAAAUUCCCCCCUUCAUCUAGCACCCCUGGCGUCCAGAAUAUCUCUCACCCAACUCCUUAUCGUCUACGCAAAAAUCCAACUCAAGCUACCCCAUUACCUUCCUUAGUCACUGCCCCUAUUCAACCCAGCGCCGUCUCCACACCUCUGACCCAAAACCCUUCAAACCCCAUCUACAUUUCAUCCCAAGCUGCUACCCAAACAAAUCCCAACACCCCCUCCAUGACCCAGCCUCUAAACUCUCCUACAACCAUGCCUAUAACUCCUCCACAAACAGUCCUAACCAGUCCCACACCUACCCCUACACACCCACUUGAAGAUUCAUCUAAACCCAUUCCUUUACCCUGCAAAAACACUGUCCAAAGCACUCUAAAAGCCUCCCCCAUCCUCACAGUUCAAAGUCCUCCCAAAACCAUAACCUCCUCUCAAAAUGACAUGGUCACAAUCCCAGAAAAAUCCAGCUCCACUGUCCCAAAGAAACCCCAUUGCUUCCACUCACAAAAGAUUGGUCAUCAUGCUUUUGAGUGUCCAAGUAAAAACCCGAAGUCCUUGGUCCAAAGUGAAGAGAAAUCAGAGCUUUUGGGACGAAAGGAAGGACAAGAUGAUGUUAAAUCUCUAGGCCAAGGUAAAGGUGAACUUGUGGUCAUUAUAAGACCAUUGAGUAGUUUGACUGAUCAAAAUAAACUUGGAAUCAAACCCCUCUUGAAAUCCUGUUCCAUUGAAUGGCUCAACCACGGAAGAGAACUACGAGUGGAAUUGCGUAGUUUUUCUUUAUUUCAUAUUGACAGGACAUGGACACCUAAUUUUGUGGAUAUGCAUUCAUUGAGAAAAGGUUCACUGGCAUGCUUAUUCCUACCCCUGACCGCACCUAACCAAGGGAUAGAACCCCGGGUUCAUCUAAGUUUAGGUGAAAACAAACCCAAUGGCGAUUUAGAGAAGAAGGAUGUUGUUGCCACCAGAGAUGAGUUCUUAAGCUGUGGAUUUCCUAGCUUAAAUAUGCAAGUUAAUGAGAAGAAGGUUCAACAUGGAGCUAUGAGCCCAGAUGUGGAAGCCUCACCUCAAAGGCUAUCUUCACUAACGGCACCUCGUGCCAAAUUCGUUAAGUUUUUGCAGGCCCUAUGGCCAAAUGUAACACAUCUCUGAAUAUUGAAAACAUCUUUUACUCUUUGAGUAUUAUUAAAAUAGUGUGAUGCUAUUUUAGCCAAAUUCCUAAUUCUAUAUCUUAAGAGUGGUUAUCUUAAGUGUGAGUUUUAGGUUCUAGAUAUUUGAUUAAGUGUGUCAUAUCUUAAUUAAAUUCUAGAUUCAAACCCCAAGUUAGGAUAAGAGUGUGUAAUAUCUCUUAAACACCAACUUGGUUUAUCC